CACGACACGACAACACUGCAGACGACAACACACCGCCGACACACACCCGCGCCCAGCUCAUCGCCAUGGUCUACAUCAAGACGUGGACCGACUUUGAGAGCGCCGUGAUCGAGCUGUAUAACCGCGCACCGAGACAAACGCGCUAUGUCGUCAAGUUCAUCCCCAAGACGGGGCAUCUCGUGCUCAAGGUGACAGAUGACAUCAAGUGCAUCAAGUACAAGACCUUCUCGGCCAUCAUCCUCAACCGCUUCGAGUCGCUCAACCUCCGCCUCCUCUCAAGCAUCACCAAUGCGCGCCGCCGCGCCCCGCUGGUGGUGGGCAGCGGGUCCGCAGGCGCCGGCACGCCCACGGCCGAGCGCGACGACCCCCUCAAGGCCGGCGCUGCUGGAUCAGGCUCCAACACGCCACAGCGCAAGGGCACGCCUGCUGCCACUGCUGGCGGCGGCGCUACCGGCGGCGGCGCGGGCAAGAAGAAGAAGAAGGGCAAGCGAUGA